AUGACAGUGCUUUUAACUCACGAGAGGGAGGAUGAACCUGAUACUGGACCCGUAAAACCUAUUGACGACAAGAAUCAAGUGCUUGAAGUCAUGGAAGCGGCGCCAGCACACGACGACGACGGAGGGAUUCCCGUCAAGACGAAGCGUCUGUCUGGUACCACAACCACUAGCAGUGGCGAAGAAGUGCUCACGGGCAAGGAGAAAGACUGUAAUCACGAGCGCCUAGUAAAUGGUGCCACUGACGGCUCUGUGCCGUCACCAGCCACAAACCAUUUCCGACGAGCCAUGACCGUAGCGGUACCGACCAAACGUGUUCGAUAUAAGCAAGAGACACCUGAAAAUGAUGAAGAUCAAGGCUGUGAGACUAGCGAGACGCUACGCUCCAAGAGCUGGGCCGGGUGCCCACGUGACGCAGCUCUGGAGGCGAUAGAGAACCGUCAACUCCGCUUUCGCUAUUCCACAGCUGCUUCCGCACGCGAGAUGGUGCGUGAAAUGCACUCACAUAGAAUUCAAGAAUUCCCCGCCGAAUGCGUUAUGACGGCACUAGUGGAAAUGCAGGUUGGCUCUAUCUGGCGCAAGAUGAGAGUGGAGGUGGACCGCGAUGGCAUUAACUGCCAACGCGUAUCAGUCUUCCGCAAGGAGGUCAAAGAAAUUCACAUUGCCAAAGAUGACCUGAUCGCUGCGGCACUUACUUUUGGAAAGAAGAAUAGUGUGGACGUGCACUUUAUGCUCCCAGGAAGGGGCAAGCAGCACCGCCGACUAUUGCGCCGCUACCGCACUGUGACGUUGCGCUUUGACGAUGAGACGACUGCUUCCAAGCUAGUAGCCUCGCUGCAGCUGUUUGUGAAGUGGAUGGCUCGUGUACCCGAAAAUGUGACGCGCCGCAUCAAAGUGGUGGUGAACCCGUACUCAGGCAGACGUCGUGGUCGCCAGAUAUGGGAACAUUGGAAACCGCUGCUGGAGCUCGCGAACAUCCAGUGCGAUGUAGAAGAGACAAAGUACAGCGGUCAUGCACGUGACAUCGGCGCGACGUUCAAUUUGAAGAUGAAGUACGAGGCUAUUGUGUUUGUUGGUGGUGAUGGUACUGUAAACGAAUUCAUGAACGGUGUGUUCACUCAAGAGGAGAGUGUAUGGCGUACCCUGGUUGCCACGACACCAGUAUCGCUGCUCUGUGCUGGUACAGAUAACGCCUUCGGUAAGGGCGUAGGUACGCCCACCCAUGCUGCGUCGGUGUUCUGCAUCAUUAAGCGCAAGAUUCGCCCGCUCGACGUAAUGACGUGUCAAGCCAGCAAUAAAGAUGGCACCACUCGUCUAGAAUUUGCCUGCACGGGUGUGAGCUACGGCGUCGGCUCGGAUAUCGCCGUGGAGUCGGAGGUAACGCGAUGGCUUGGCGUCCAUCGCUACGUAUAUCUGAAAAUCAAACGCGGGCUUAUUGUACCGCACAGGCAUGAAGCCAAGAUCAGCUACGUCUUGUCGGACAACACGCCAGUGGAUCCCGAGACGGGUAAGCAACUUCUACGUACGUAUUACGAGAUUAUGGAUGACACUGCAGAGGACCAACAUCAUGUGGAACGCUGCAAUAUCUAUGACGACUCAGACCCUACUACCAAGCUCUGGAACGGCAAUGCCGAGUCCAUCUUCCACCCCGCUCGAGAGGAAAAGUACGCGGGUCAGUGGCAAAGCUUCUCGGAAGAGUUGACAACUGUUGGUGGUUCCAAUGUGUACUUUGAGACGAAGUAUGCACACCCGUCGGAUGGCAACUUUGACCUUGUCUAUUCGCUCAAAGGUAACAUCAAGCAGACGGCCGAGAUCACAGUGCGUUACCUUUCCAAUACAUUUCUCAAGUCAGAGUUGGUUGGCUACCACAAGGUGAAGGCCAUGGUAAUCGAGCCGCUUGUGGAGGACGUGCUGAACGUUGAUGGCGAGGUGUUUCCGGGACCAGGUCCGUUUCGCGUGGAGGUGGUCCCACAACUGCUGUGCGUACUGUCUGAAAAGUAA